AUGGCCUCAGGCGAGCCUCCACCAGCGACCACAAAUGGCCUGGUGGUUCCAGUAGUUAUUUGGGGCCAAAAACCGCCGGAUAAUCGAAUAACGGUGGUUCGAUAUUUAAGCGAUAGAACUACUAUAGUCACAGGCGCCUCAAGUGGCCAUGUCAUCACAUGGAAGUGUGAUGAGGAAGCACUAACACCGUACCAGCUUAUGAUCGGGCACGACGCUCCCAUAACUGCCAUUUCACCUACCAAUAAUAUGCCAUCUUCAACGCGAUUCAUUACUGCGUCUUCUGAUGGCCAUCUUUGCUUAUGGGAUGUUCAAGACGGUCGUUGCGUUGACUCAGUUUCGUCUUUAUUUAUUCACCGUUAUAUGCAGCCUUAUACUUACAAGUCUUCCCGACAUACCAGAUCAACACGCCUAUUUUGCAUUGGCGACUACAGCGACAUUGUUGUCUUAGACCCGCAAGAUCUCACAGUUGUCUUCCAGCUCAGUUCGAGGGUGGAACCUGACUGGGUUUGCUGCUACGAUGUUGUGCAAAGAACGAACAAGUCAGAGCAGUGCAUCGGUAUUUCAAUGGCGGGGAUGAUCAAGGUGUGGUCAUUGGUGGAGCUGGAGAAGAAGGAUCUUGCAACACCUCUGUACGAAGAUGAAUCUAAAAGGCUCGAACUGAAAGAUGUUAAAUCGAUCUCGUUCAAUCCCGUCAAUGAGCGACUUCUUCUUGUUGUUUGUUCGGCAACUUGGCAGUUGGUCGAUCUCGAUGAUUUAUCUAUUAUUAUUGUUCACAAUUGCCCAGCAAGGGCUAUUAAUGGAAAAAUUUUGGAUGUUGACAAGUUAGCCGUGACAUUUGUGGAUCAGACGCUCAGAGUUUAUCAACUUCCGCUCGAAAAACUGGAGGGUGCCCAGGCUCGUCAGCGCUUUGGUGCUACUCCAAGGAACUACAUGGGGAUAUCAGAUCCAUUCGAAUUUGCAAUAUGGGAAGGAUCUAAAUCGAAUCUACGCUCGUGGUUGAAUGAUGUCACUUUCACUUUCGCUUCACAACGAAGUGAUCAGUCUAUAUUCCAAGCUGCUCGUGCCACACGAGCAGGGCACUUACUGAUAUGGAGAAUUCCGCGCUUCGACGAAAAAGUUUAUGAAAAGUUCACUUCACCAACACAAUUUCCUUUGAAAUACAGAGGCAGUUAUGAGGAAACCUUGUCGUCAGUAUGGAUGAAUCUGAACAGUAAACAGGAAUCGUCCAUGGGAGUGCUGGAUUUCGGUGAGAUCACGUGUUCAUUAUUCGUGAGCGGUCAAGGCAAACUUAUAAUUGGAAGAUCGGAUGGCCUCAUCGUAAUGACCUAUGCAUGCGAGACUCUAGCUAGACAACUGCUCAAUGUCACUUUGGAGAAACCCGCCAUACGUCGACUGGAUGGACAUAAAGGAGCAGUAAGCAAUCUCUUCUAUCCUCACGAACAUCAUCCACGAUACGAUCCAGAGGUCUUGAUAUCUGGUGCAGACGAUUUUGCAGUAAUUGUGUGGAACAUCAGUACAGCGGAACGGCUGCAUCGCUUUGUCGUGCACGGUGGCCCCAUUCUUCGUUUUCUGGUUCCUCCAUCGAAUACGAGCAAGCAGGUGAGCAAGUGCAUAUGUGCAAUUGCCUCUGAUCACAGUGUAAGCCUGCUCAAUAUCCGCGAUAUGAAGUGUGUUUUGUUCGCCUCUCGACAUCCAUAUCCAGUCAAUCUAGUGAAAUGGCGGCCACUCGAUGACUUCAUGUUGGUGCGUCUUGAAGACGGAAGCGUUUUCGUGUGGCAGAUGGAAACAGCUUGCCUGGAUCGAGUUGUAGCAGGAGUGGUGGCAGAGGAAUUUUUGGCAGCUUGCGAUGAGCAGAUAGGAAAGGAAGAAGGCACUGAUCAAAUAGCGGCUCCCCAUGCCAUUGUGCUGAUGCGAACUUUGCGGUACAAAGGAAUGGACAUGGUAAUGCAUCACAGCCCACCUAUUGUUGGUGCUCCUUUGUCGCCAAUAGCCGAUGCUUGUCGUACAGCUCGGCAUGCUCUUACACUUAUUGCCACUGCACGCCCGACGGCUUUAUUAUCUGCACUGAGCAUGGAGGUAGCUCGUUAUAAUUCAGCAGCUCAGCACCAAACCAUUCAACACACGGUGGUCAGCCCGUUGUUGAAAUCUCGCACAGAAGUGCUGCGAAUAAUCGAAGAGUUGUCUGAAAAGCGCUAUGCCGAAGUCGUGGAAAUGAUGCUGCCUGUCGGCGAUGUCCUGGUUCACUGUCUUGACACUUCACUGUUGAAGCAGAAGACGCUGUCAGAGAUCUUUCCGCCAAUAACUAAGUUCUACAUGGUCGCUUACUGUUCGUCAACUCGACGAAUAGCAUUUGGUGGUAAGAACGGCACAUGUGUUGUCCAUGAACUCCGAGCUGCGAAGGCACAUAAUCUACAAGCACAUCAAGGUCCUGUAUCAGCUGUCGCAUUCUCGGAGGACGGCAAAUAUCUUGCCACCUACGGGGAUCAGGACGCAAAAAUCAAUUUUUGGCAAACUAGCCAAACAUUUUUGGGAAUGGGCCAGAAUCAGAUGAAGUUGGUAAAAAGUCAACCAGCUCCCUCACUGGCUGCCUUCAGUCCAAAUGGUACUAUAAGCACUUUUCGACCGAAGCUGGUAUGGAUAAACCCGAAAUCGUUGACGCUCAUGAUGCCUGAGGGACGUGAGCAACGUUUCACCAUCUAG